GAUUGUCUGAGUUAGUACCUGUGGGCUGGGAAAAUUCAGCCUAGAGGAGCUGGGAGCCUUGGAGGCAGCUCUGACUCUUGUCAAGCAAGAAGUAGCUCAGUAGCUCAGGCAGGCAUGGCUUACCAGCUGGAAAGGCCAUCUCGUCCUUACUCGGUCCUUCUUGUUUCAGUCCCAAUUACAGCAGUUUGAACUAAUUUCAGGGAUAAGAAAGAAAUGGGGGAGCUAUCAUGAUGUCUUUGUGGUCGUGAUCCCUUUAUGCAUGGAGGUGUAGAAUAGUUCCUUUGGGUCUCUGCCAGGUCCCAGCCUUGCCCCUAACUGACAUGCUGGGAAAGCUCCUAAAAUCUUGCCUUGGGCUUUGGCCAGUGCUGAACACAGGGGUGUGGAGGUUGAGAAGAUAAUCAGCCAGGUGUGCUGCAGGUGCUAGAACUGAAAAAUCAGCAUCCCCAUAUGAAUAACCAAGCCCUGACACUACGGCUUUAUGUUCCUGACUCAAAGGUAUGAAGGCAGUGGUCUGGACUGGGGCAGACCCCAUCUUCACAUAUGUGCACCACUGAGGUCUCAGAGGAGCAAUGGUGCACCCAGUCUUCUCCCACUGUCCAACUCAUUUCCAUUGUGGAUGAGGCUACUUUGAUGCAAACUGCAAGUGAAAAGAAGCUUUCAGCAUCUGGUACAGAUGCGCACUCCAGCCAGGAGCACUGAAGCAAUUUGAGAAGAUGAGUUUGACCUAAAGGUGACAACAGCAUAUGAGGUCUUCCUUGGGCAUGACUACUUCUCUAGUGCAUGUUUCUCUCUGUAGCCUCCUUUUCUAAUCCUUAACGUCUGGGGAUAUCUGACAUUAGUCCUGUCUCUUCUUCAUACUUUCUUCCUGGAUUUCCCCUCCCGUUCCCUAACUUAUUUCUUUGAGACCUCACAAAAUGCUGCCAGCUGCCUUAUUUAGUGUGAAGCAUGUUAGAUCUGUUAGAGACAAGGUUUUUGUGCCCUGGGAGAAGUUGUUCGCUGAGGUUCUCUAGAGGGAUAAGUAAGGGCAGGACCUGAAACAAAGUUGGUGGAGAAAAACAGUGUCUGGCCUGGCUGCCACUGCCUGCUGUGCAGCCCUUGAAGCUGGGCAGCUGUCCAUCUGCUGUUCCUUCUGCCCAGACCCUGGAGUAGGUGGCUCAGAUGUGACCCAUUCCUCAGCUGCUCUCAGGAGCCAAUUGUCAUUCUUUGAAAAAACGUGAUACUUCUUAUCAAGCUCUGCUGAAAGGACACAGAGCACUUGCUCGGCCUGCUUAUCUCUUCAGGACUUUAUUUCCCUCUGCAAAGUGUACAUGGUAAUGAAUUUUCAUAUUCCUGCAAGUAUUGCUUUCCUCUUUUGUGGUCAGCAGGUGCUCCCUGUGGAAUAUCAGAUCAAGCCACAGGCAUCUUGUGCUUUUUGCUCACCUGAAGAGCUUGUCAGCUGUCACACCUUCCAGGAGCAGUGGCAGUGCUGUGGAGGCAGACAAUGGCCUUUCUCUGGCAAAUAGCCACACUGCAGUAAAAAUUUCUGCUAUGAAAACAGCUGGCUUGGAUGAGAAACAUAAAGUGCCCUUUGAAACCAAGCAUGCUAGAAGCAGUGGCAAAGGCAGCGGCUGAAGAGGAUGGAUCUGUGUCAGUUUAAUGCUUAGCUAUUCCAGCCAAGGCUUGGGCAGGAGCUAUCUGAGUCCUGGCAAUGCCCAGGGGUUAGAAUGAGAUGAUCUUUAAGGUCCCUUCUAACCCAAACCACUCCAUGAUUCUGUCUUCCAAACAACCUUCUGCUGCCUGCCCUUCUGCUGCAAACCAAGGGAUUUGCCACUCGAAGUUUAGGGCAUUUCUUUUCAUAAGACUUGAAGUUAAAGUUUGAGCCCCUUCCCCUUUAAGCUGGAGCCUGUGAGUAUUGAAGGGAAAAGGCUCCAUCUCUGUGUAGUCCUGGGGGCUGCAAAUUCCUCCUGAUUCCUGUAGGAGACAGGCUACUCAGGCUUCUGAGUCUGGUAGCACCUGUCUUCUCGAAACCUAGCAUCCACCUUAGAAGAGUUACAAGUUUUGCCGUGGGAGAGGCUGUCCUGCUGAACACGUUGCAGGCUGGUGCAUUUAUAGUGGCAUCUCCUGGGCCUCGGGAGGAGCAGCAGGCACAUGCCAGGCACAGCCUAUGUUGCUGUAUGCCAGAAAGUGCUUCCAAACCAAAAUAGCAAUGAUUGUACCUGUGGCAGUGUCCUCCCACCUGGAAGGUACUGCGAUGGCUGCUAAUGUGUAUUUGCUUGGAAAAGCCAACGGACACUUCUCAAAGGGCUGGAAGGCACCUCCUGACCAUUCCACACCACCAUAUCCUGUGCUAGGUGUGCUGUGGGCCACUACUGGGUGAAGCUGAUGGGUUCUCAUACGCUGACUGUGGUGCUGGAGCCGAUAGCCCGAUAGAUGUAGGGUGCUGCCAGCCCCACUAUCCCGGUCCAGCCUGUCGUAGGGCUGCAUCCCUCAUGCUGAUGGGUACACACACACACACACACACACACACGUGGAUCCCUCUCGUGGGUGGCUGAGGUUGGCUGUAGGCAGAGCCGCAGUUGCUGGCCCUGGGCGCAGGAGGCCGGAGGAUGGCAGCCGCUGCUGCUGCACAGCUCAUGUCUCGCUCGCUGGCUGCUCCAGCCAGAGGCUCGCUCGUGCUCACGCAAACCUGCACACGAAGUGGCUGGAGACAGGCACGCAGGAGCCCGUCGGCGGGCUGGAUGCUUCAGUGCCUGGGCACCGAGCAGGGACCGCGCGGCCGGUUCUUCUCCCUCUCCCUGUGCCCUGUGACGGCGGCUUUCGUGGCCUCUUGGUGUCCCGCUGGCGUGCGCUCCCCAGGCUGCCCCCGGCCCCUCCGCUCCCCCAUGCGCUCCGGCGGGGCGGGAGGAGGCGGCGGGAGCCGGGACCGCCGGCAGGAGGCGCGGCGCGGCCGCGGGAGCAGCGGGGCCGGGGCGGGCGGUCCCAGCACCGCUCCCGCUGGGACACGGCCGGGCGCGGGUCCCGGAGCCUGGGAGAGCGCACCGAGUGUUGACUGCCCCCGGCCCGGCGGGCAGCCCAGAGCGGGUCCAGAGCAGCCCCGCGGGAAUGGGCAGAGGGCUGGAGCGCCUCUCCUUUGAGGAAAAACCGCGGAAGCUGGGGCUGUUCAGCCUGGAGAAGAGGAGGCUCUGGGGAGAUCGGAGAGAUUUUCCAGUACCUAAAAGGCCUAUGAGAAAGCUGGAGAGGGACUUUUUACCAGGGCCUGUUGUGACAGAACAAGGGCUAACAGUUUUAAAUUGUAAAAGGUUUUGGAUUGGAUAUAAGAACUUUUUAAAAUUAGGUUGGUGAGGCACUGGAACAGGUUGCCCGGAGUCGUGGAUGCCUCAGCCUGGAAGUGUUCAUGGCCAGGCUGGAUGGAGCUCUGAGCAACCUGGUCUAGAGGAAGGUGUCCCUGGCCAUGGUGGGGGUUUGGAACUAAAUGACCUUUUAAAGAUCUCAUCCAACCCAAACCUUUCUGUCAUUCUAUGGUGCAUGGUGCCAUCCCAUGGUGCCAGAUGGUUCUUGUCAGACAUAAGCCCACUCAGCAACAUUGGUGCUUCCCAGCCAUUUCACCUGCAGGUCCCUCUGCUUCUGAGAUACCUGAGGUGCCUCAACAACCAGGACCACCAGCAGGAACUCCUGAUGUGCCAACAGCCCCCUCUAGCACAUGUCUAUCUCCUGUUUUGUGAGAUCUACGUUCAGGUCAUAACCCUUGUGCUCCUUCCCACACUCCCUAGUUCGGACCAGAGCUCUCCCCAGGGUACCAUGGUACAACAUUUUUCCUGAAUCCCAAGCAGGUGAGCCCCAUCACUUUUCCACUGCUUAAAUGCUUGUCACAUAUCCCUGGUGUCCUUCACAUACUAUCCCAGUUUCCUCUGCAAAGCCACUCUUACCUCUUCUCUCCCAGGAAAAGGUAGGUGCCACUUUGCCUCAAAGCACCGGGCCUGAGGCACUGCAGGUGUGUUGGGCUGAGGAUCCAACUACAAUAGGUUGGUGUGGGUGCUCCACACUGCACGCCUGACUCCCUUCUUCUUGCUGGACCCCUGAGAAGUGGCAGGGCCCAUGGGCAGCAGGAACUCUGUUUCCCCACAAGGGUCUCUGGUCUUACCAGCUCUUCACCUCCUCUCCUGCAAUCAGCUCAUCCCAAAAAGGUUGAACAACACAUCAUGCUCCCAAAGAUUCAUGUUAGCUCUCUUCCUUUCCUCCUCCUCUCACCCUCUCCCCACCUGCUGCCCCCAUCCCCUCGUAGGUGAGAGUCUCUGUGUGCUGUCAUGUGAGCAAAGGCAUCCAACAUCUCCCUUGGCCUGCAGCUGGUCAAGGCAAGGGAUGUUUGGAGGCCAUUACUUUGCAGUUUUUCACAGUAUUGUUCUCGCUUUGUAUUUGAAAAACUGCCUCCUCUGCCCUUCUCAUCAGGGGCCAAGGGCAACUCUGUGACAUGGUGGUAAGUGGUAUUAACUAACCUUUGCCAGUGACCUGCCUCUCUUGUUUCAUUUUGAGCCAAGGGCAACAGGUAUUCGUUUAUCUUUGUCCUUAUUGGUUCGUCUACUCAACUUGCUGCAAAACAAGCCCCAAAAAUCCCCAGCUUUGAUAUUUACUAAGAACUGUGAAAACUGCUUUGAUUACCAUGCAUGCCAGACUAUGCUGAUCAGUACUGGCACCAGCAUGGCCCACGACCGAGUGCAGGACUGAGCCAGGGAAAACUGUGUUGCCAAGAUAUUCGCUGAGAAAUGAGAAAAACUAACUAGUGCUUCCUUGAGCCUGGAAGUAUCACUUGGUUCCCCAUGCCAUUGUGCACUUUUUGCUUAUUUGUGAUCACUGGUUGCUGGUGAUUGAAGCAUGGGGGUGAGACAGUGGGAUGCGGGUACAAGCCCUGGGCCUGCAUGGAGGCACCAUGCUCCUGCUGGGCUUUGGAAACUGCCCUGAGGGCAAAGCAGGCUGGGUCACCUGUCCCUGAUUAAGGGUAUGAUUCUCUGUGCAGUUGGUGGGGUGGCCAGGGGUCAUCUCCCAUCUGAGUGAUGCAGGCAGGCAGGGCAGGUGCUGUCAGAGGUAUAGCCAGACCCACUGGCAGUGAGCUUGCUGUCAGCAUCUCUGCCACCAACACUUUCCAUCUGAGGAAAAGAUCCUUCCCUACAGCCAGGAGGUCUCCUUGGCUCUUGCUGGGCAGGACCACAGGGAAGGGCUGGCACCUCAGACAGCAUGGCUGGGAUUUGCCUUUUCUCCAUCUGGUGCUCAAGAAGUUAUUCCCAAUUAACUAAAGUGUGGUGAUGAAAAACCUUCCUCCAGAUGUCCUGCUGCUGCGUUACAAUGGGUUUACUUUGGUUUGGCAUUUUGAAGUGGAGUGACCAACUCAAGUGGACUCCAGCCCAGGGGUGCAUUUAGCAGAGUGGGCAGUGAGUAUGACGGCCUGUGGUGAUAAGCUCUUUGUGAGCACAGCCUACUCAGAAGGAGUGAGCUGUCUUGUAUCAGGACUGCUCUAAUUCUGAUUAACACCAUCUGCCAAGGAGUUUAUUGAACUUCAGUCACUUCCAAAUUUAAUGCAGCUUAGCUGUUCUGAAUGUAUCUGUGCAGACUGACUUUUUGUUCUCCAGCCCUGUAUCCUACUGUCCGUGCACAGUGUGUGAGCAGGGUGCCAUAGGUUUUGGUGAACGGUUAGCCCCUGUGGAGGAGGAAAAACUCUAGCCAUUGAAGGCAGGAGGUGGGUCACUGUGGGUAAGACUGAUAGUUCCACAUCCCUGUCCAGCCCAAGGGACUCUGCUAGACAAAAAGGCCCUGUGUUAGCAAGCUGAUGGACUUUUCCAGCCUUGGCUCCCAGAAUUGCAAACCUAGAGCUCCUAAGAAAUACCAGCAAGAAGCUAAGUCCAGAAGCUUGCACAGGUUUCAGCAAAAGCAGAGGUUGGGAGUGUUUGACGAGGUUUCACUGCUGCCUGUCACGUCUCAGAUGAAGCUUCAGGAACAGGAUCCUUUGCCAGUAACCACCACCUUGUGCUGAUGUUAUCUAGUUUCUGCAGAAUGAACUUGCUGAGUUGUCAUCUGUGGCACUCUCAGGGGAAGUCCUGACUCCUGACACUGCAGUUCCUGCCUCUGCUUUGCCAUAGCCCCAAUUCCAGCAGCAUCAUCUGGGCUGGUUGGAUUUGCUGGACACCUGCUUGUCCUGAAAUGGCAUGGGUUGUCAGGAGGAAGUAGGCAGCAAGGCUGUGCUGCAGGCCUGUAGGUUCCCAAAUCCAGUGAAGUCACUAGGCAGGCUAACACAUAGUUUCUGACUGAGGAUAGAAUGGCUACUGACAGCUCAUAGCAAGGUGAUGCUGGACACCCAGUGACCAGUUAGCAAGAGGGGGUUUGCACCAGAGCUAACGUGUGGGUAUCAGCAAGUGCCUCUCAGUACGUGGGCUACUGGCUUCUGUGACAGAGGCGAGCUCUCUGGGUGCCAGACAGAGGCACUGCUGCAUUGCGCAGACGUUUGCUGAGUGAGGCAUCCCUUUUCUUCUGUGCAGACUUUCCCUACAAGCAAAGUGACCUGAUUCACUCACCAGCUUCAGCCAGCAGCUAAUAGAUGAGUAGCUGAUGGGUGCUGGUGCGUGCUGGCACUGCUGUGUGACCAGGCAGGAUGAUGGUAUCCCAUGCUGCCAGUGUAACAGACUGGCAGAACCAAACUCACUGGUUCAAACAAAAUCCCUUGGCUGCAGGCGCGAGGUGUUCUCUGUGUCUGUGAUGUAGAUGCAGGCAUCUGUUCUGCUGUCUAUUGGACACCUCAGGUCACUGGAUCACGUGCACAAGUUUUAAGAGCAGUGCAAACUGCUGGUGUAUCCUACCUGGCCACUUGCAUGUGAGAUGGAGCCUCAUUCAGGCAGCACUUAGGGGCACAUUUCUACAUCUGAUAGCAAUCAUCUGCUGCAGCCACAAGGUUCAGCAGCUGGAGUCAUAUGUUGGGGUAGCAGCACCUCAGCAUUUCUCCCAACCGUGCUCUGGAGCAUGCCUAAGUGCCAGCUGGCACCUAGGUGGUUUAGAUGAGAGUGCCAAUGGGCUCAAGGCUGUGCUCCAAAUUCAGGAUAGAACUGCCUGGUGGGUCCCUCUCACUGUGCAGCAGUGGGGAAAGGAGGAAGGUUGUGUGAGGAAUGCGAUGAAAAUCCAUCCUUUAUAACUGUAAUGCCGUGGUACAUGGGAGGAAGCGGUGAAAUUGGGAGACAUCCAAAGAUAGGUGCUGACCUGAAUUAGGGCUGCAGGAAAAUUUCCCCAUGUGGGGACUAAAAGUCCCACUAGUUUAGAGUGGAAACUAGUGAAAUGCCAUGUGAUAGAGACGUGCAGAGCAAUGCCUGGCUCAGAGAUAAGUCUGUUCCUUUGCUCACCCCCUCACAAGAUGUUCAAAGAAAUGGAAAGACAACUCAUUUCAGACUGGUAAACUGACAUACUUUUCACAAAGCCAGGAAACUGGUUUGUGCAGGUGGACAAGAUGCCCUAUUGGCCAACAGUUUCAGAGGGCUCACAGGGGAUCAGGUAUUGAUUGACAUGAAAAACAACGAUACCCAAAACUGAAGUUAGAAAGUCUGGCUUAAAUAAGAUAGAAAAUGGCAUGAUUCUUGGGCAUCAACUCUAGAGUUUUGGUAAAGAAUGGCAGGAAGGAGUUUCUAUCUUUUUUCUGUCCCCUCUUUGAAGCUGAUGUUGGCGGUAUUAUUUAUGUCAGGAGGACUGACUUUUCAAGUCAGGGCCUUGCAGCAGCGCUACUGGCAUGGCUAAGAGCAUAGCACUUCUCCCUCAUCCCACCUCCAAAGCACUGUCAGGGAUGAGGUGCAGGUCACCUGUUUCUGGGCACUGGUCCUGACAGCCACUGCCAAAGCUGUGGGAAAAUUAGCCAUGCCCCAGGAGGCUGGUUACAGAGCUCCUCUCUCGUGCCAGGGUACUGAAACGUGAGGGUGGAAAGUACAGGAUUGAUGGUCAUGUGAAACUGUCCAUCUCCCUCAGUCCCUCCCUCCAUCUCUCCCUCUGCUACUCUGAGUCCCCUGAGGAAACCUGUGGGAAUUUGUAAGUCCUCUGAAACAGCCAGCACUAAAUGGGUCCUCCCUUGUGUUUGGGUGUUGAACCAUGAGCCUCCCUCCCUCCUUAUGUUUCUCUCAAAAGGGCAUUCAAGAGCCCUGAGCUGGGCAGGAGCUCCGGGGGAUGGACCAGGUGUGGGACAGGGGCUCAGCCCUGCUGCUGCCUCCCUUGGCAGGCUGCUCUGGGAUGGCUUGUCUACCAGAGAGCUGGCAGCAGGAGAGAGCCGUGGGUGCGCCAGUGUGCACCAAUGCAGCAUCUGGGCUGAUGGGGCUUGAACACAUUUGUGUGUUUUGAUAACUCUGCCAGUGUGGUACUACCAAUCAGCACUACUUGCACAGGCACCAGCUGUAUCUUCUGCACAGCUCCCUUGUCCUCUCCUUCACAGCUUGUCUGCUCCGUGCUGCCUGUCCUCCCCUGUGCUGCCUCCGACAUGCUGUGCUCCAGUACUGCUUGUACAAGCCUCUCACAUGCCUGGGCACAAGCUCACUGCAUGUGCGCCCAUCAGUGCAGCUACUUGUGCUGAACACCCCCUCCAGCUACGCUGCGGGAGCUGAAGUAUUUCGGAAGCUCGUUCCCACCAAAUGGGGUGGGCAGAAGGGAGAACCAGUGUAUACAUCCAUGUAAUCCAAAAUUGAAGCAGAUCCCAUCGGGGUGGGAACACAGUACUGGCACGAGUGUUGUUCACAGCCAUCCUCUGCUGAGGUGGGUGUCUUGGAGUCUGGCUGUAAGAACAUGCCCUAAAUAAGCUGUACUCAACCCUUAGGAGUCUUUAACAUGUUUUACGGUGAUGGGUGGUGUUGAAAAACAUUUUCCUCUGAAUAGCGUCAUGGAGCAGCAACGUAAUACACUCAAAGUCAUGCAUUAAUUUAAGAGACAAGUAACACAUUCACCAUCCGCCCCCAUGCCAUGCAUCAUGGCUGCAACCAAUGCCCAGUAAACAUCAAAUUCUCCAUCAGGCUGUGGUCAUCCCCUGGGAGCACAACUUUUGCUACUUGGUCGCUUCAGUUGGAGUCACUGCAGCACUAGCAGAGGCCCAGGGUUGGGUCCUGCUGCCACUGUGGCAGGGCUGGACAGCCACAUGCUCCUCUCCUGCUCUUGUGGUAGCUUGGAAAUGCACAUGCUGGACAGCAUGAAGGAAGCUGGGGCUAUGGCUGCUUACCAGCACCAGUGAGCCUACCCCUGGGUGGAUCAGCACUUCUGGUUAAACGGGUCACUGCCCUUCCUCUUUGGGCCUUCCCCGUCAUCACCGAACGAGACUGCCACCGAGAUGAGUCAAACCGUCAGACAACAUCUGCACCCUCUGCACACCCCGUCCAUGCGCUUGGAUAGUUCAACUGGUGGGCUCAGCCCAGGCAGCGGAAGCAAAGAAACCCUUGUUGACUGGGGGGUGUCUGGCAACUGAGCCUUUUCGGUGUCCCAAGUGCGGCUGAGUGAUCUGGUCCACUCCUGACCAUUUCCCAGAAGCUAGACAGGGCCUGUGAAGACAGCAGUGAGAGAAAGUUUUGCCUUAGAUAGAUAUACUCUACCAGGGUUUGGGAUCUGCUAACCUGGAGACUCCUGUAAGUGCACACCUGAGUACUUGCUCAUGAGCUGCAAAGUCCUUACCAGGAGAAGAUUAGAGGUUGCUCAACUAAUUACCCAACCAGUCUAUUUGUAGAGGACAAGAGAAUGUGGUUCACCUCUUCAAAAUAGCCUGGAGUGAACUCUAAUAAAUCUGUAGCUUGACACAGAAACUCCAGUAUGUGCUGGAAGUCUGACCCUGACAACCUCCUGCCAGUGCUUCAGCUGAGAGCUCUAGCCAGGCUUGCCUUCCCCCUCUAGUGGGGUGAGAUGUACCCCAGCUACUUGGAGCUUGUUGUCUAUAUCUGGAAAGCUAACACAUUUGGCAUUUCCUUUCUAUAGCUUCCUUCUUUUAAAAUAUGGACCAAAGAAAGCAUUACUAAUGACAUUCAAAACCCCCUCCUUAAAACUGGCAAAGCCAAGUACCAAAGAGCUAGAAAUUGCCAGAAAUGGGUUUGCCUGGGCAACCUAACUUCCACUGUCUUGUGUAUAUGAUCACUUCCUGCAUUUUGCCCUGGAUUGCCACCUCUUCAGCACCCAGGCUGGACCUUGGCUGGAGGGAGCGAAGAGCUGGUCAGCUAGGCUGCAUCCUUUCUUAGCAGGGGUGGGAAACUCCCAUGCAACUGGUGAAGCAAGGGAUUGCAGCAAGAAAGGAGAGUGUCUUGGUAGACAGUUGGUGCCUCCCUGGAGAGUUGGGUCUGUGUCUACCCCUGCCUCGAAGUUACUCUGUGAGUCGGUGAGCCACAUAAGCAAGAGCUUUCACAGGAGCAGCCACGUCUUCCUCAUUUGGCAGAGCUGCUUUACAGAAGUGCUAAAAGUUUGCAGCUGCAGUCACAGACAUGAGGAUCUGGGGUUUGAUUAAAUUAAGUGUUAUAUAGGGCCAAAACCACUGAAAAAUUUAGAUUCUAGUUGGUUCAAAACAUGUUCAAAACAAAAUGAAUGAGUACUUAUGACCUAAAUCUCUCUUUGUCUCUUCUUUUGCACCUGUUAAAUAGGGAUAACUCCACCUCCCAUCCCGAACCUGAAAAGGUGGCUGAGAAGAUAGAUUAACUAAUAACCAUGAAGAACUCACUCAGCACUGAAGCAAUGAGCACUAGAAGGAAUCCAUGAAGAAAUGGAAAAGCAGGAUGUUGGAGCAGGCCCUGACUGCAGGACAGCAAUGAAGGACUCUUCUGAUGACAUGAGGAAGGUCCAAAGGAGGGAGAAGAAUCGUAUCGCUGCCCAGAAGAGCCGCCUGAGGCAGACCCAGAAAGCGGACACACUGCACUUGGAGAGCGAAGACUUGGAGAGGCAGAACGCUGCCCUGCGCCGGGAGAUCAAGCAGCUGACAGAGGAGAUGAAGCACUUCACCUCGAUGCUGAGCUCCCAUGAACCACUCUGCUCCAUCCUGACAUCCCCUCCACCACCUCCAGAAGUGCUUUACGCCACACACUCCUUUCACCAGCCCCACAUUAGCUCCCCACGCUUCCAGCACUGAGCUGGAAGUACGAUGGCAGCCUGCCAGCUCCACUAAUGUCAAGAAGUAACUUUGUGGGGCUCGCUUUUCCAUCCAAGGGAAGGAAUUGGGCACUUCUUAAAGUGUCUACUCUGAGUGACUUGCCUAAGACUUAGUCCCUGUGCAGAAAUGGCAGAGCCACCACAAAGCAUCUUUGGACAGUUUCCAGCUUGGAUCCUGGGAUGAGGAGGCAGUCACAAAAGGGCACCAACCCCCUUCUCCGGUGCUUGUUUGGGCACACUCACAAGAGCGUGCAGCACUGACAGCCUCCGUAAGCGUGGCUGGAUAUGACACGCAACAGCCGGAGCUACAGGAAGAGGAACGGGAGCAAGGUUGGGGGCCACAUAGUAUCAGGGAAAAACUGGUUUAUUUUUGUAAAAUAAAGAUUGAAAUUCUUAA